CUAUUCAAGACCGGGAAGAAGGAAGCCACAAGCUACUGGGAGGACCAGGAAACACGAGGACCCGGACGAGGCGAAAGAACCACAAUUAACAGCUGAUAGUAUGAAAUAAGAUACUAAAGUGACCACAACUUCCUUACGUAUUACAAAGCAGGUUAACUUGACCGUGGAUGGAAGGAGUACGAGUGAACUACGUGACAUAUACAUGAUGGUUGAUAUUUACAAAUGAAGGAAGAAAACGCUACACUAUGCCAGCAACAGUGAAGAAAGAGUUUGAAUUUGAAUUCAGAAGUAAGGAGCAUAAGUCAAGGUUGACCAUCCCCAUCACCAUACCUUUGAGCCAGACAAGCAUCAAGGAGUUUGUAGGGCGGUUGAUUACUGCACACGACUUACCCUGCUACGUGGAAAAGGAUUUACAGACAAAGCUUCAUGCUUUUGUGACAAAGGAAUCCAACAGCUUGUUUGAUGAGCAUGCUGAGGAAGUCAUCGCCAGGGUGAGGAAGGACCCAAAAGUAGUGGAUGACUUGGUACAGAAAUGGUCUCAGGCGUACACUCAGGAAGUAAAGACGUAUGCAAAACCAGAAGAGGCCAGUCAGGAACAGCAAUUCUCCGAAGUGUACCACAGUUUGAUCCAUUCUCCGGCUCUGGACACCCUUCUCAACCUGGAGCACACCUACUCUCUAACUGUGGAGGACCUGAUCCUCCAGCGGGACAAGGAUUUGGAGCAUCUUGAGGAAAGACAGCAAAAGGAAAUGGAGCAGGCACUGAAAGAAGUGGGAAAGACAUACACGGAUGAUCAAAUUAGCCAACUGGCUCAGCGACAUCUUGAAAGUGUUCAGUUAAUAGAAAAUAAAUGGAAUAGUGAAUUAAACAACCUGAAAGACAUUCAGAAGCAUGAAUUCCGAGAUUGGAUUAUCAAAGUUCACGAGGACACCCAGAUCCCUGCAAAGUCCCCCUCCUACAUUGGGCGAGUAAGGGCUAUGAGCAACACUCUCCCGGAGGCUGAGGAGGAGGAAAGGUCAUCAGCUACAACUCGACUGGAGGAGAGCUUCACCGUACAUUUAGGUGCCCAGAUGAAAACUACCCAUAACCUUCGUCUUCUAUGUACGGAUGUGCUGGAUCUGUGUCGUCAUAAAACACACACAGUCGGUGGUUUGGUGAUCCCUCAGCCUCAGAGGUUACAGACGGCCAUGUCUCUGUACUCAAAUAACCUGUGUGGCCUCAUCCUCAUGGUAGACAACAGACUCAACUCCUACACUGGCAUUAAACGAGAUUUUGCCAAAGUCUGUGAGCAGUCGACCGACUUCCAUUUCCCGAGUUUGGACCAACAGUUCAGUAAUGUUGAUAAAGAGAUGGCGAAAUCCAAUGCACUGCGAGCUCAGAAGACGACGACAGAGGAUGGUGAUAAAAUCAGCAUCAAAAGUAGUAGCAGCAGCUCAAGUGGAGAUAACCAGCUGGACAAGGGGAAUCGCAUCCAGGUGGGAGAUUUUUACAUCACCAAACAUUCCAAUUUAUCCGAGGUACACUCAGUGUUCCACCUCGUCAUUGAUGACAGUAUCCGAUCUAUUGACAUCUCAUCCAGACAUCCGGUCAUCCUCAGCAUCCGUAACAUCAUCAAGUUGUGUUUUCGUUCGGACAUCACCACCCUUACCAUCCCACUUCUACUCAGUCAUGAAAUGUCGGAGGAGAUGACGAUACAAUGGUGCCAGAGGCGAGCCGAGCUGAUGUUCAAGUGUGUCAAGGGAUUCAUGAUGGAGAUGGUCACAUAUGGCGGGCAGAAUUCUCGCACUAUCCAGUUCCUUGUCCCUUGUGGGUUGUCCGAGGAAAUGUUUGCCAACAUUAGUAACCUGCUUACAACCAUCUUCAGACUCUCUAACCCAGUGGUUGUCAGGUCUAGUCAAGCAUCGAAUGCUGGCAGGUGACAUUGACCAAUUCGAGUUUUGAUGGGACUGUUUGGAAAACUGGUACACCAACAUUAUGUCCUUUUAAUGGAUUGUUUGGGAAACUGGUACAGAAACUAUCUUCCUUGUUUCUAUAUUGAAUAUCGUAAGAAUUUGAUAAUGCACAUUUAUAUAAAAUGAGAAUUUGAAGAUAAGAAUGCUACUAUCCAUCAUGACAAUAAGUCCACUUUAUGCCAAGCAUUUCUGCUGUAAUAUGGUCUAUACAUGUACAUGUAUUACCAGUUUGAUAACAAUUGUAAAUCUCGUUAUUGUUCAGUGAAUGUAGAAAGAAAUUUGCGAUUUGACUACUUUUCAAGAGUGAUGGCCCUUGAAAUUUUAAAGCAGUUUCGUUUUAUUUUUGUCACUUGGUGCAUUGAAAGUACAUCAUAUGUAGAUAUGCAUGAAGAAAAGAAUUUGCCCCAUGAUUCCUGUAGAUAUUUCCCUUGAAACUUUAAAUUUCUGCUCCAACUUAUCCUGCAAAUAAAGUGUGAAUAUGUAGAUAAAAUGCAGUCGGGCAUAUCUUUGUGAGCUUGAUCAAGUUCUCUCGUUAACUCAAGACUACAGAAUUUGAAUUUCAAGCAUUGUUUUUAGAUGUACAAUAUUGCUGCAUACAAUAUCACGCCUUAGUAUGAUGUAACUGUACAUUUGAAAUUUAGGGACUGUUAUUUAUGCGGAACAACGGAACCGGUUCGUCGGUUUUUAAAUGCAACAAUUUCGGACAAAUGUUUAUGCAGGCCUUGUAAGGCUUUGGCAAGGCUUGCCUGAAAGCAGCAUUAGAUUACUAGGUCCGACUUUAUUUAAUAAAAGAACAACUGUGGUCUGGUUCUCAACCCUCUAUAUGUUAUUAGAUAGUAGACACUAGCCAAUGUUCAUGUGCAAUAUAUGUUUUGUGUUUAAGUUUAAUUUUAUAAAGGCUGUUGAAUGUUACCUUUGAGAACAUAUUGUAAAUAAAAAAUUUAAAAAU